UUUAUUUUCUACUAUUUUUAUUUUAAAAAAAAACAUUUUCUUCUUUUUCCUUCUGCAAUUUUUCAUCUGUCUCACUAUUAGCUGCUGAAGACUGAAGCUUUCAACUUUCUAGGAAAACACCCUUUCUUUCUAGAGAUUUUUUUUUUCUCCUUCUUCUCCCUUUUUUUUCUUUUCAUAUGUUAAUAUAUCCUAAGCAAGAACUUAAAAAGAAAGAAAAGGAGAAAACCAAUGCUCAUUGCUUGCAAUUUUGCAUUAGACUACUAGUGGUAGUAUUGUAUUCAUGUGUUAAGGUCUCUUUUCUCCAAAUCCAAGGUUUAUGUUUAUUGUUUUAUACCCUUACACAGAGAUGCUAAAUGACAGCUUCUCCAACCUUAUGAUCUUCAUUAUUGCUUAAUUGUUCACAUUUUGGUUCACAGAAGUUAAGUUUGAUCCCUGUGCUGUUGGACCCAACUUGAAGAAAAGCAAUUCCUUAGCAUCUACUCAUCUUCCUUCUCUGCCAAGUUCUCCUUCUCCACAGUUUUGGCAUUUAGUAAAAUUGGGAAUUAGGGGGCAAUAACAUUGUAGUUCCAAGCUUUCCUUUCAAUUGGCAUAACAUUCACUAAUAAAAUGUAAUUGACAUUCCUGAUACUCUUCAAAAUGGAAAUCAAGGAAGCAGAAAGGGUAGUUAUUGCUAAGCCAGUAGCUUCCAGGCCUACUUGCUCCAAUUUUAGGUCUUUCUCAGAGCUUCUUGAAGGUUCCAUUAAUGGUUCACCCCCUAAUGUGUGUUCAGAAACCACAGUUGCUGCUAUCAGACCAAAGACAGUGAGGUUCAAGCCAAUGGUGAGUCGUGCUCCAGCUGCAUCGGUUUCUUCCCAGGCUGAUCUCUCUGGAACAGCACUUUUCAGUUCGUCUGAUAAAGUUUCAAAUCCAGAUAGUAAACCCACUGUUAUAUAUAAACCACAGGCCAAGUUUGUAUCGAAGACAACCGUUUCUCUUUUGGCAAAUAUGGGAAAUUUCGAUGUGAGUCAUCAACAACAAUCACUACCAUUGGUUGAGGCUCGAGUUCAAAGUAUAAUCCAAGACAAACACAAUUUUACAUCCCAGAUUACCUCAAAAUUUUCCCAGAAUAUUCAAUCUCAUGCACAAACAGAUGAGACUACCGAACCCUCAAGGUUAACAUCUCAGAUCCAGGAGGAGGAUCCAAAAAACUUAUCUGCUGCAUCUAAUGGGGAUCGACCUUCAUAUGAUGGUUAUAAUUGGAGAAAAUAUGGGCAAAAGCAAGUAAAAGGAAGUGAGUAUCCGCGAAGUUACUACAAGUGCACACAUCCAAAUUGUCCAGUGAAAAAGAAGGUUGAAAGAUCAUUGGCUGGGCAGAUUGCAGAAAUUGUCUACAAGGGUGAACACAACCAUUCAAAGCCUCAGCCUCCUAAACGCAACUCAUCAGGGAUGCAAGGGCUAGGAAUUGUGUCCGAUGGCAAUGGUCAAGAUAUGAGCACCCCAUUAUCGAACAAUCACCUGAAUGAUAGAAAUGAAGGUUCUGAAGGUAGAGUUGAAGAUCAGAAUGAAACAGGAUUGCCUGUUCAUUCAACUUAUCAGGGUAAAGCUCCUCCAUCCCAUGAUCCUGUUGGAAUUGGAUCGAUUAAUGCUGGUGUUGUAACUUCUGACAACUCUUGUGGGCUUAGUGGGGAAUGUGAUGAAGGAAGUAAGGGAAUGGAUGGAGAUGAUGAUGAGCCUAAAGCUAAAAGGAGGAAAAAUGAUAAUCAAUCAAAUGAAGCAGGCAUAUCGGGCGAAGGUGCACAAGCACGAGAGCCCUGUCUAUUGGUGCAAAGUUCUAAUGAAACUGAGAUUGUGGGUGAUGGUUUUCGCUGGAGAAAAUAUGGGCAGAAGGUUGUGAAAGGAAAUCCAUAUCCCAGAAGUUACUAUCGAUGCACGGGUCUAAAAUGCAAUGUCCGCAAGUAUGUGGAGAGAGUAUCAGAUGAUCCAGGAGCUUUUAUUACAACAUAUGAGGGGAAACAUAACCAUGAGAUGCCUGCUAGGGGUACAAUUUCGGUAUCUGAACCCAAUUCACGGGUUCCUACUACAAGAAGCAAGGCAUGAUCUCAAGUGUUGAAGGAGGCUAUUUGCUACUUAAUGGUUCCUACAACCAAAAGAGUCUGAACAGAAACGAGUUCAUAGCUUCAGAAGCUAAAUAAUUAGGAGAAGCUGUAAAGCCUGACAUAUGACGAUGUUCUGAGGCAUAUUUCCAUAUCCUUGUCCUGUGAAAUCAAUAGGCAGGCACUUCUUGGUGAAGACAGUUUUGUGUUUGGUAAUUCACAUUAUUGCAGCCUGUGUUUAGCUUUAUUAUUUAGGAACAAAAUUUAAUUUUUUUUUUUUGAUUUCCAAAUAUUUUUUUAAUUAAGCAUAAUAAUGAAGUUUUAUGACUUAUCUUGGAUAAUCAAUUUGUAAUAUGCAUGCAGUUCCAAUUCCUAUCA